AUGUCGUAUCCCGACCCGCGCUCAAACGACGAGUGGCGCGCUGUCCUCAAUAAAGAGCAAUUCCGCAUCCUCCGAGAGAAGGGUACCGAACCCCCCGGGUCGGGCAAGUUCGACAAGCACUACCCCGAAGAGGGCGUAUACACGUGUGCCGGGUGUCACACGCCGCUGUACAAGGCCAGUCACAAGUUUAAGUCGGGCUGCGGGUGGCCGGCAUACUUCGACAGCAUCCCCGGCGCCGUCAGCCGGCACGCGGAUAAGACGUUUGGCAUGACGAGGACCGAGAUUGUAUGCUCCAACUGUGGCGGCCACCUGGGACACGUUUUCAAAGGCGAGGGCCUGCCCACGCCCACGGAUGAACGGCAUUGUGUCAACAGCGUCAGUUUGAACUUCUCGGCCGACGACAAAGUAGAGAAGGGCGGCGGCGCCAGCAGCAAGGCUUAG